AUGUCGGAUCUCAACUACUACGAGAUCUACCGCAAGACCAGCAUCGGUCUUACGUUGAUGGACACGCUCGAUGAGCUGAUUAGCACCCGGCGCAUGGAGCCUCAGCUGGCCAUCAAGAUCAUGCAGAACUUCGACAAGGCCCUGGCCGACGUCAUCUCGGACAAGGUGAAGGCUCGCAUGAGCUUCAAGGGACACCUUGACACCUACCGCUUUUGCGACGACGUCUGGACCUUUAUCAUCAAGGACAUCACGUUCAAAAUGGACAACUCGCAGACGUUGCAGGCCGACAAGAUCAAGAUUGUCAGCAACAACAGCAGUAGGCCUGGAAACUAG